AUGCACGAUCUAAUUCAUGACAUGGCUCGGUUGGUCGCCAAGGACGUGUGCUUCCAUGUCGAGCACAGCCCGUCAAACUACUUCCCGCUGUUUGGCAACUCGUGUCACUUGUCUGUGCUCCAUGCCGGUAGUGGGCCGUUGGAGUUGAAGGCGUCGAAGAAAAAUGAGAGGCUGCGAACUUUCCUGGUUAUGGUGAGUAGGAGUAGCAAUGAAGCUCCACCCACAGCAGGGCUUGACCCUCAGUUGUUUUUAAACUUGCAGUUUUUUAGGGCGUUAGGCUUGAGUCGUGCCGGUCUAACCGAGCUACCGGGGAACAUUGAUAACUUGGUAUAUCUUCGAUAUGAAGAAUCUUUCCAGAUUGCGGCACUUAGACAUGGACAUAAAGGCCAGCUUCGGUCCAUGGCAGCAGGACUCGGGAGCCUGACUAGUCUUCAGACUCUAUCCUCGUAUAUUAUCAGGUUAAAGAAGGGACAGGGCAUCGAGGAAUUGAAAAACAUCAACUGUUUGAAGGGGUCGCUCAGCAUAGAAAACAUCAACUACGUGUCCAACGCAAGGGAUGCUGAGGAAGCCAGCCUAGGCACAAAGGCACGUCUGGAUAAACUCGAACUGCGAUGGAGAAAAACAUUGACCGGCGACCCAAGCUUACAAGCCCAGGUUUUCGCGAAUCUCCAACCACACGAGAACUUGAAGGAGAUGCUUGUCCAAAACUACUGUGGCGAAAUCUAUCCGAGCUGGUUGACCGAGACUACCCGCAGGUUCACCAGCAUUCACUUGCAUGGGCUGAGAUGUUGCGACACACUCCCAGCCCUCGGCCAACUUCCCUUCCUCAAGUCGUUUUACUUGUCGGACAUGCCCCGACUCGAGUAUGUCAACUACACGUUUUACGGUGCGGGAAAUGGUGUGAAGUUUCCCUCAUUAGAGUCAUUCGAACUCCGUAACAUCGUGAAUCUGAAACAGUGGACAAACAUUAGCAGCGGCGCCAUGCCCCGACUCGUCUCUUUUACUAUUCGUAAGUUCGAAAAUCUGGAAUGUUUGCCGCCCGAGAUUCGAGCUCACCUCCCCAGUUCAGAAGUUAGUGAUUGCCCCAAGCUUUAG